AUGGAUUUGGGAGACCUCGAAACUAAUGGAAACGCCAAAGAGACCGAAUGCUUAGAAAGUCAUGCCGAGACGGAAACUGGACUCGACUCGGAUAGAAUACACAUCUCACCAGUCCCGAAAUUCUUUGGUUUUAAGCAGUUUAAGAAGUUCUUGAAGAAGCAUCUCCCCGGCAUAGAUCUCAGAAAAAUACGGCAGAUGAAGUUUGACGCUUAUGUUAGCUUCAAUUCCUCAGAAGAUGCACAGACAGCAAUCUCAAAACUAAAUGGUCUGGAAGUUAGGAAAGUAGUAUUGAGUGCCAAACUUGCUCAAACGGAGAAGAGGAAGGUCCGUAUCGCUAGCACUCUUCCAAUCAAACAUAAGACUGCUAAGGAGAGUGUAACUAAGUUCGCUGACUUGUCGUAUCGGGAGCAGCUGCUUCAAAAGGAAAAAACAUCGCACAGGUAUACACGUCCAUCACCAAAAGUCAGAGCGUAUCGAAAUAAAUGCGAGUUUACAAUUGGUCGUACUCAAGAGGGCGAGAUGUGUGUAGGAUUUGUGGGUGGACGUUUUUCUCAGAACGAGCAUCAUGUGAUUCCAAUUGAUGGUUUGGACAACAUUACGGAUUCAAUGAAGAGGAUUGUCGAAGCUGUUACAAAAUUUGUACAGGACUCAGGUUUGCCUGCAUUCGACGAAACUACCCGUUGUGGAGUGUGGAAGAUGUUGACAGUCAGAGAAUUUGGUGCAGACGUGAUGCUCAUUUUAACUGUUAAUCCACUCGAAAAUCUUGAAGAGGAGAAAAAACUCAAAGAGGGCUUUUGUACUAGUCGUUCUACGUUUUUGGAUGAUGGCUUUAGAGUGACAUCGAUAUAUUGGCAUUCCGUGGCAAAUUGCAGUGAUAAAGUGGAUUACGAGCAUAUUGGAGGAGCGCCAUACAUUUACGAGACUCUCUUGGACUGUCGCUUUCGUGUCUCUCCUUCCGCAUUUUUUCAAACAAACAGUCAGGCGGCCUCGGUUUUGUAUACUACAAUUGGAGAGUCAUGUGGAUUGUCAUUAUGCAACGAUAGUAGGUGCUCUGAGACCGUAGAGAUUUCCACCAAGCGUGCAAAACUGGACGUUAGUUGUGCAAAUUUAUCUUUUCAGGAUACGACCCCUGAUAUCAAUUUGAAAUCUUGUGGCAGUGAAGAUUGCGGCCAAACGCCCACUGUUAUACUUGACAUUUGCUGUGGUACGGGGACUGUCGGGCAGUUUAUUGUUAAAGAGUUCAAGAAAAGAAAGAGAGUGUACUGCAUUGGUGUGGACAUAGUAGACUCAGCGAUCGCGGAUGCCAAGGAGAACGCUAAAGUCAAUGGCAUAAGAGAUAUGUGUUGUUACCUAGCUGGUAAAGCUGAAGAUGUCUUCCAAUCACUGCGAUUCAAUGUUCCACCUGAAUUCGAUCUACAAAAGUCGGACAUUGUUGGGGUUUUGGAUCCCCCAAGGUGUGGUGUACACGAAAAAGUUAUACUUGGAUGUCGAAUGAUGGAGACUUUACGCCACCUCGUUUUUGUGUCUUGCGAUCCAGCUGCUGCCAUGAAAAACAUUGUCGACCUCUGCCGUCCUACCUCCAAAAAAUAUGCUGGUCAACCGUUCAUGUUAUCGACAAUUCAGCCGGUUGAUAUGUUCCCACAAACACCACACAUCGAAUGGGUGGUAACACUGGAACGUUAA